UUCAGUUCUCUCUCACACGGUUAGUCUCAGAGAAAGAACCUACUCUCCAUGCAGAUCUCUCUGCAGCAAUCUGAAGACACAAACUUAGCCUUGGGACACAGCCAUGGACACAGCAGAAGACAACCCUGUUGAGCCUGUCCCUAGAGACAAAAGGAGGCAAGAUCUCGAAAAGAUGCUGAAAGAAGUAGGCCUGGCUAUUGAGUACUGGCUUCCUAAGCUUCAGGAACACCUGGGUGUGACUUGUCCCCAGGCCUUACAACACAUAGAGGAAAAAGACCUCCAGAAGCUGAAAUCCCAGGCAAAAUAUACAUGGGAAGAAAGGGCCCUGGAAAAGCUUCUGAACCUGGCACACUCAAAUAGUGUGUCAGAGUUACAGAAGUCUCAAAUAGAGAAGAAAAAGGAAAAGCAAGAGCAGGCAGCACAGUUGCUGAAGGAGCUGAAGGACUUGAUGUCACAAGGAAAGCAGAGAAAAGAAGAAGCAGUAAUGAGCAAAGAAGCAGAGCUAAGGGAAGCAAUGGACAUCCCCAAAGAGUAUUGGCCAUCUUCUAAAAUAUCCCUAAAAGAAGUCAUAGACGACAUGCAGAAACAACUUGAACUCACAGAGCUGGAACUACCCCAGUGGCAAAACCUCCCAGAUAAAGAUUUGGUGAGCCGGGCAUCUGGAGGGCUGGCCCUCGAGGGAAUUUACAAAACCACUGAGCAAGGAGGCCUGAUAGAGAAGAAAGAAAAGCUACUCAGAGUCCCCAAGGACUUCUCACUCUCUGGUUCUAGGCAGGGCACACGGAUGGAAACAGUAGAAUUUACAUCUUCUGAAGAAGAAUCCAAGUUCACUCAGAAAAUAGAGAAGAAGGGAUUUAGUGCAAUUAUCUCAGGCAAAGGUGAAGGUUGGGGAGGUUGUCUCGAAGCUGGUUUUGAUUACAGCAAGCAUUCAAAAUUCAAGAAAACUCAACAAAAACAUUCUGAGCAUUCUUAUUUCUGCUCAACCAAGUUCAGCUACAUUCCCCUGGCCUCCUGCUACUUUCCCGUUGAUCAGCUCCAGUUAUCUAAUGCUGCUCUUGAGGAAUUAAAAUACAUUGAAGACCUUCUGCAUCAGACAGCAGACUCAGACAGAUCCUCCUUACUGAGACACAGGGCUGAAAGCUUCUUCCACAGGUUUGGCUCUCAUGCUAACCAAGGCCCUCUGCACCUGGGGGGCAUCUACUGGUGGAAAGCCGUUUUAGAGGGUUUCCACAGUAAGCAGUUGGAGGAAGUGAAACAGCAGUCAGCAAAGGCCCUGGAUAUUUUCGUAAGGAGCAGCUUCAGUACACUUCCAGUGAAAUUUGCUGGAGGUGUGACUGUGUCAGACUCUGAUUCAAACACAACCUCUCAGACAAAAACUUCCCAAAAUCUCCAAGCUAAAGUCCAAUUAUCUGCGUCCCAGACAGGUGGCCCACCAGAAGCAAAUAGCUUUAUCCAGUGGAAAGCUGGCCUCGUUGUCAGUAAUAUAAACUGGUUUGUCAUUGACCAGGAACUUCAUCUGGUGCCCAUUUGGGACAUCAUCCUCUCCAGCCACAGAAGUGAUUUUAAGUAUCCUUCUAAGGUGGCUGACUAUCUGAAAGACCACUACACUGCUAUGACUAGCCAUACUGCCCACAUCCAGGAUGAAGAGGAAUUACUAAGUGCUAGUAAGGAGACUAGGGCUUUCCUAGAGGGUUUGAAAUCUUGGAAGAUAUCUGAUCCUGAAGAGCAGCUUGAAAAACUGAUAAAUUUCAUGCAAACAUUGAGUCAAAAACUAGGCAGUUAUGACCCUUGGAUUAACAUAUGCCUCACAGACUGGCAUCUGCAGAAUUUUCUAGUAAAAAUUGUCAACUUUUGCAAAGAAACUUCCAAUUAUAAAACUAAAUUUAUUAAAUGUCAGUUGGAUGUCCUUCUGUAUCCUCACAUAUACAGAGUAACAAACUUCCCUCAGACUCACUCCCUCAUACAGUGGAUCUAUGAGUCAGAGUCAGAGCAAGAGCAAGUCAACAUUUCCCAAUUUUCUGAAUUAAUUAAAAUCUUACAAGAAGCCGAGAAUGACCUCAUGGAAGCAAAGGUCAAAUCUGAGUGCCCAGAAACAGUGGAGAAAUCUCAAAGAAAGGCCACUUACAAGGUCAGUAGGGCUCUCCACUGCUUCUUGAAUAAACUCCAAGAAACAGACCAGCCAGACACACAGCUCUUGCUACUUUCCAUUGCAGCUGGUGCAGGAUAUCAUGUGGAAAACAAUACUUUCCAGUAUCUCCUGAGGUGUGAUGAGUUAAACUUCCUACUGGAUGAAAUUCAAACUGCAUGGAAUAAAUACCAGGAGCUCAAAAAUAUUUGCAGCUACAGGGCUCAAGCAUUCCUGGUGCUCACAGGUCUGACAGCCACAACUGGAGUCACAGCUAUAUCUCCAAAAGAGAAAACACAGCGCAUGGCAUUAAUAAGACAUCACAUGGGAAACUCAUUUUCUAAAGAAGUUGAACAUGUUCUCACGAAACCUGGAGCAGAUCAUGAUUGGGAAAACCUCGAGAAAGACUUACAAUUGCUUAUUGAUGGAGAUUAUGAAGGCACCAUCUCUUCUUCUCAAGUGGAUGAGGUGAGAAAACAAUUGCAGAGUCUCUUCCAUGAAAAGAAACAGCCCUGUAAACCACAUGAUAAUGAAAAUGAGAAAUGGGAGGUGAUAGAAAAUGGAGCCUUCCUAGACUUACUCCAGCGUCUAGGCCUAGAACAUGACUACCCAAAAAGGAUGAGCCAAGCUAACUUCCAUCUGAUCUACAAGACUUCUGUGUACAAAACCCAGCCCAGCUCUGAACGGGAGCUUCCCUUCUAUUUUCUGCAGAAGCUAAUGAUGCUAGAUUAUAAGCUGAGAUACCUGGUCUUCAAAGAUGAUAGAAACACAGAACACCAAGUCUAUUCAAGUGCCUCUAAUCAGGAAAAUGAAGCAUUUGAUCCAUUUGAUGACAGUGAUACUCCCACUAAGCCUUCAGACACUAAACCUAGACCCCACAUUCACCCAGUGGAUAUUCAGAUGGCAAUUUUUCACUGUGCAGAUGAUUUUGCCAGACAAUACAUUUUGACCAAACUUUCCAUUUGUCAGUUUGCCCUCCCUCUGGUGGUGCCUAAUCCCUGCACUUCUCAAAUUGAAUUUUCUCUCUGGUCUCUCAGACAAAUUAGGAGAAGUUGGCAGCAAGGGAAGAAGAGGAGUUACAAAAAUCAGCAGAUGUGUCGUGUCUCUACCCCUAUUGUGUCCUUUAUUAGAGUUGGAAAUGGCUUCUCUUCUUCCAAAUCUCAGAUCAUCAACUGUCUUCUCAGUAAACAAAAACAUGAUGUGUUUUUUCACCGACACUGCAGAGGAAACAGCAAAGACUGUCUUUUGAUGAGAGGAAUGGUGGAGAUGUGUUGGUUCUGUCCUGGAGGGGACGAUGAGGACAGACUUGACAACUGUGUGACUUUCAUGAAUCUUCAUGGAGAUGCAAAGGAACAUGAGCGGCAGCUCGCUUUCCUGAAGAAGGUCUCUUCUCUCAUUGUGGUGCUCAUGUCAACUUCUGAUAACAAUGAAGAAAACCGAAAAAUUGUCCGUGACAUGGGGCAGUCAUCAAGACCUUUGAUCUGCUUGCUUGAUAACAAAGAAAAAACCACGGCCAAAACUUCCAGCCAAAAAGUGACAAUUGGCAUCAGGAAUAGAAAUGCAGCAGAAUUAACAGAAGAGCUCAUAACCACAAUCAGACGUUUGCUAGAGCUCUCUUGCAAUGCUCUCAGCUUAGAGGACUGUUCCCGGAUUGCUCGUGAGCAAGGAUUCCUUAUUGAUGAAGACCAGAGAGAUUGCAAGGAAGCCAAAGAAAAGGCACAGAGUCUAAUGGCUCUUCUGGGAGAAAUGAAGUUGUCUCGGAUGAAGGAAAAUUUACUACCCCUUCAGGGACAACUGUGGCAUCUCUGGUGUAAGAGGGACAAAGAACUCUAUCGUCUGAGAGAAAAGGGAAAUCGGAGCAUUGAACAAUACAAGAGUGAGAUUGAGACAGAUAAGCAAAAAAUACGGCACAAUCAGCUGACUAAAGCUGUUUCUCUCAAUAAUGUAAUGCAGUCUUUCCUUCAGAUUCUCCAUGAAAAUUCAGAAACUCAUACCAAACUCUACUUCUUGCAGUGGCUGAGUGUGUUUUUAGACAAUCUGACUGCAGAACACUUGGAAAAACAGUAUGAGAAGCAUAGCUCUUUGUGGUCACCGAUACAAACAGAAAAGGAGGAGGCACCUAACGGCAACUCUCUGAAAUACCAGCAAAAUGAAAUAGAAGUCAUCUCCAAAGAGAUUAGUGACUGUACCUUGGGAAUUGGGCAAUUUCUCAGAGAAGCUGGCCAGAUUUAUGAAGCUCUAGAAGAAACUUCCUCCCCAAAAGAUACCCUUCUUCUCUCCCUUCCCCGCAUUGCUGCAGAUCUGGUAAUAUCUGGUAUUCCCAUUGAGCUGAUGGAUGGAGAUGCUUCAUAUGUGCCCUUGAAGUGGAUAGCAGCUGUUUUUGACAAGGUCUCUGAGGAACUUGGAGACAAACGGGUGUUUGUUCUCUCUAUUCUUGGUCUGCAGAGCUCAGGGAAGUCCACCCUGCUAAAUGCCCUUUUUGGGCUGCAGUUCACUGUCGGUUCAGGGAGGUGUACCCAGGGGGCCUACAUGCAGCUCCUGAAGGUGAAGAAGACAUUCACAGAGGAACUUGGCUUUGACUUUAUGCUUGUUGUGGACACAGAAGGACUUCGAUCCCCACAAUUCAGCAACAAAUCCCAGAAUAGGGACAAUGAGUUGGCAACCUUUGUCAUUGGACUUGCAAACUUGACUCUGAUCAAUAUUUUUGGGGAGAAUCCAUCAGAGAUGCAGGAUAUCUUACAAAUAGUUGUCCAAGCCUUUCUGAGGAUGAAACAGGUAAAAAUCUUCCCAAGUUGCCUCUUUGUCCACCAGAAUGUGGGAGACGUUACAGCUAAUUACCAAACUAUGGAAGGACGAAGGUUGCUACAGCAGAGACUAGAUGAAAUGGCAGCAAUAGCUGCUAAACAAGAACAGUGCUCAGACGUAACCUGCUUCAGCGAUGUCAUUAAGUUUGAUGUCAACACUCACGUCUACUACUUUGCUCAUCUUUGGGAUGGUAAUCCCCCAAUGGCCCCUCCCAAUCCUCGCUAUAGCCACAAUGUCCAGGAACUGAAAUGUAAAAUUCUUAUGACUGCUGAACAGGAAUCCAGGGGAAAUAUCAUGAAGAUAUCAGAUGUAAAAUUCCGAGUUCAAGAUUUGUGGAGAGCCCUGCUGAACGAGAACUUUAUUUUCAGUUUCAGGAACACCCGAGAAGUCAUGGCCAUGAGCAAUCUGGAAACCAGGUAUAACCACUGGAGCUGGGAGCUAAGGAGUCACAUGCUGGGCUUACAGAACCAGCUGAUCAACCAGAUUCAGAAUGGAAAAAUUCAGACAUUCAAAUCAAGCACACUUGAGGCUGCAGUUACAGAAAAAUAUGAAGCUAUUGAGCAAGAACUGGAAAAAUAUUUCAAUGAAGACCCAGAGAGUGAAAUACUGGUUCAAUGGAAAGCAAAUUUUAAAAAUAAGCUAAUAAUCCUUCAAGACACACUUAUUUCAGAGAUCAAAAGUAAAGCCAAUGAACUUAUUAGUUGUAAAAAAAGUCAAGAAAGGCUGGAUAAGAAAAAGACAGAUUAUGAAAACGAAUUAUUGGAAAAGAGCCAAAAGUUGGCUUUAACUGUAAAGGAUAGAGAAUUGAGUGAGGAAGAGUUACAUGAGAAAUUCAAUCAACUUUGGGAAAAAUGGGUCUAUGAUGUGUCCCCAACUCUACCUCAAGUCACAGAGCCUGACCCUGAUGGGGAUUGUGAAGACAUCCUUUUCCACCAUUUCAAAAAGGAGAUAAACAUACUGAAGACUUCUGGAAAAAAGUUUCAAAUCAAUUUUGAUGAACAUGUCAAAAUGAAUAAGAACUAUACAUUAGGGAUCUGUGAUAAAGAGUCCAUUAAUAGGAUUACUGACUCCAUUGUUUCAAAAUGUAUUGAAACUAUUAACAGCAUUCACAAGCAACAGUGUGAUUAUAAUGCAAUUUAUUUCGAGAAAAUCCUAAAAAUAAUAGAGGAGGAAGUUAAAUCUGCAUCCUCUGAGGAAGGAUAUACAUUUACAAGUAAAUAUACCAUGGACUUAUCUUUGUGUUUAUUGCAAAAAGCAUCGGAGAUUUUUAAGCAAAUGCACAGGGAAUUUAAGAGAGCAAAUGAUCCUGUACAAUAUUUGGAAAGCAAGAAAGAUGACUUCUUCACGAGUUUUAAGAUCUCCUGCCAAGGAGCAACCUCCAUAAAAACGUUUGUUGAUUAUCUGUGGGACAAGCUAACUCGUGCUGUCUCCACCGCCAUAUGGAAAAAAAUGACCAUUAAAAUAGCUGAGGACAUGCAAGCUACCUGCCCUGCAGUCAAUGGAGACAGGGCUAACCUGGAGAAACACAUUCUCAUCUCUCUGGCAGAAGAGGAGAACUUUGAUAAUUAUUGGCAAUACCUUCAUAAUCCAAAAUCAUUUUUUAGGAGUUACAUUGAAAACUGUAUUAACAGAUAUUGUUCAGACAAAGGAAGUGAAAAAAUAAAGACUCUUUUAAAAAUAAGUUUAGAUGGCAUCAAGAGUAUCAUCCUCUCUUCCAUUCAUGAAUCCAUAGCAAUAGCUAAAGAUAAAAGCAGCACUGCGUCUGAGUGGUUGGAUUUGUUCUGUGAUUGCCUGGGAAGCAACUUGAUCUUUCCACGAAAAGACUUGAAAAACAUUGAACACCAGGAGAUAAAAGAUAUUGAGUUUCUCAAAGAAGCCAUGAGUACAGCUUUGGAUCCUGCAAUGAAGGGAGUAGAGCAAAAUUGUUCAGGUAUGCUUCCAGAAAAACUGAUUGCUGAAAUAGAGAAAAUCCUCUCUGGACAUCUCAGUGGCUGCUGGAAACAAUGUCCUUUCUGUAAAGCAAUUUGUACAAACACUAUUCCUACACAUAAAAACCACAGUACUCCCUUCCACCGUCCUGAGGCUGUCAAUGGGUGGUAUAAAGAUACAACAGAUCACUUUAUCAUUGAUUUCUGUACUAGUUCUGUAGAAAGCAAGCAUGGAAUAAUUUUGGAAGAUAAUCGGAAAAGCUUAUAUAGGAACUAUCAGCAGGCAGGAGGAGAUUAUGCCACAUGGAGUAUUACCCCAGUUGUAUCCACCCAGCCAUAUUGGAAAUGGUUUAUCUCUAACUUCAGAUCAAAGCUAGAAGAAAAAUAUCAGAAAAAAUUCAAAGGUAGGGGUGAAAUCCCUGAUGCAUGGGCAAAAAUCACAAAGCAGACCGUGCUCGAGGACUUGAAAGACAAUAAUACUCAAUAACCACAAAAGAGCCUCUGUAUCUAAACAAAAGAGUCACAAUGCCUGAACAAUCUUAAAACAACACCUCUUUACAAUUAGAACCUUCAUUAUUUCCAUUCUUAAAAUGAAAUGUGAAAAAAUAAAACAAUUAACAUUUCAAGAGUUGAAGAGUUCCUGUGAAUGGUGUUCAUUUCUCUCUGCCACAAUUCCUUCUGGUUUAAAAACAAAUUACUAAAAUAUGUGUAUA